GUUUUGCAGCUUCUGCUGAUCUGUCUGUACCAUUGUCCUUUUCCUGAUCUCUGUUACCCUCCGUCUUACCCUGCUUUGUGGCCAUCGAUAGGCUCUAACACCAUCAUUCCUACUGUUCUCCUCUCUAAUCUUCUGUUUUAUGCCCUUCAAUAUUGCUGCAACACUUUUCUGCAUUUUUGACCAUUUCUGAAAUACUUCCAUAGUUCCAUGGUUCUCCUUAUCUUCUCCCUUGAUCUACUUUUCCUUCUUUUUCCCUCUUCUCCUUUUUUAUCACCAGUUUGGCGGCACUUUUCUCAUGCCUUUAGAAUUUUCCUCCUCCAUUCAGGCUUCCUUCCCUCACUUGCUCUGCUCCUUCCCUCGCUUCUUUUUUUUUUUUUUUUUUUUUUUUUUUUAAGCUUCUGAAGCAUAUUAAAUCUCAAGAUAUUUUGGCAAGUAGUCUUUGUCGAUUAUGCUGAUGCUCAGUUUCUCCAGCUUCUUAGUGCUGCUAACUUGUCAAGAGAACAGAACUUUUCAUGAUCACUUUUCAUAUAGCCCUUGAGGGCUUGAAGUUCUGAAAGAGAAGACAGUUCUUUGGGCAUCUGAUCUAACAAAUGGCACUUGGAUAUAUCCAAAUGAGUCAGCUUCUUCAGUGAACCUAUGUUGUCUGGAAGUCCCUCCAAAUUAGAUCCUCAAUUCAAUUUAGCUGCCUGGCAAGGACAAUUAGGCAGAGUUUUGAUUCUUAAGAUUCCUUGAUGACUAAGAAGCCUCCAGUUCUUCAUAUUACAAACCCUUUGAAGCAAUCAGUGGUUUCCAAUCUUCCCAGAUAAGAACUUUGAGUUUUUUUUUUUUUUUCUUUUUCUUUUAAGCUUCUGAAGCAUAUUAAAUCUCAAGAUAUUUUGGCAAGUAGUCUUUGCCGAUUAUGCUGAUGCUCAGAUUCUCCAGCCUCUUUAGUGCUGCCAACUCGUCAAGAGAACAGAACUUUUCAUGAUCACUUUUCAUAUAGCCCUUGAGGGCUUAAGUGCUGAGAGAGAAGACAGUUCUUUGGGCAUCUGAUCUAACAAAUGGCACUUGGAUAU